AUGGAGUCGACAGAGUCAAAGGAGGAGACUCAGACGGUACCAGUUGCUGAAGAUGUUCAGGCUCGCAUUCGUCGUAAGUUCGAUAAGAAGAUGUUGUCCAUUGUGUGUCUGCUCUACGUGCUCUCAUAUCUUGAUCGAGGCAACAUCGGCAAUGCAAAGACUGCCGGUAUCCUUAGAGAUCUGCACCUCAGCGACAACGACUGGGUCUGGGUACUUCAGGUGUUCUACAUCGUUUACGUCCUGUUCGAAUGGACACAGCUCUUCUGGAAAAUUCUUCCGGCACAUGUCUACGUCGCUGUUCUGUGCUUUCUCUGGGGUGCAGCGGCGAUGUUGACUGGUAUGGCUCACAACAAGGCUGGCCUGAUGACUGCUCGCGCGUUCCUGGGGUUCUUUGAGGCUGCUUUCGGAGCUGGUGCGCCCUACUUCCUGUCGCUUUUCUACCAGCGCCGGGAGCUGGGCAAGCGUGUGGCCAUGCUGACGGGCAUGUCACCAUUGGCAAACUGCUUCGCCUCGUCGCUGGCAUAUGGUAUCCUCCACAUCAAGGCAUCGAUCGCCCCUUGGCGACUGCUCUUCCUCAUUGAGGGUGCGCCCACUGUCUUGUGUGCAGUUCUUGUCUACUAUCGUCUUCCCGACUCUCCUGAUACCGCCCAAUUCUUGACAGACGAAGAAAAGCUGCAGGCUCGCCAGCGACUCGCGACCGUCGAUCGGACUGCGAAGUCGAAAGUUAGCUGGACACAGGUAUUCGCUGGCCUCACGGACUACCAGAACUGGGUCCACGCCACGAUACACUUCUGCUGCAACUACUCCUUUGCCGCGCUUUCGAAUUUCUUGCCGACAAUAGUUCGCGACAUGGGAUACAGCUCUGUCAAUGCACAAGGCCUUACGGCCCCUGCAUACUUCCUAGCAUUCUUGUGCUGCAUGUUCGCCGCGUGGGGGUCUGACAAGUACGGCAAGCGAGGCUGGUUCGUUGCUGGGUUCGCCACCAUGGGUACCGUUGGGUACUUGAUGUUGGCUGCCAUCCAAGAUGAAUUGAAGAUUGGUCCGCGCUAUGCAGCCAUUUACUUCGCGACCUGCGGCAUCUUCCCGGCUUUGGCGAUAAACAUCACCUGGCUGCUCAACAACCAGGGUGGUGACUCGAAAAGAGGUGCUGGCCUAGGUAUCUUGGCAACAUUCGGGCAGUGCUCGUCGUUUGUCAGUAGCACCUUGUUUCCUUCCCGCGGAGGACCGUUCUACGUGAAAGGCUGUGCUGUCGGUUGCGCCUUCAGCGGACUAAUCGUGAUCUUGGCCCUUGGAUUGCACUUCAAAUUGGAGCACGAGAAUUGCAAACGGAAUCGGCUGUACGGAGAGGUCGAGGCGGACGCGCACGUGGACGUGACAGACGGUGGAGACAAGAACGUCAGAUUCCGUUAUCUGACUUAA